GAUGAAGAGAUGGUUUUUACAGGAGGCUUGAGAUCUCUUCUUCCUCUUGCAGUCAGAAGUCUAAUUCAAUUCAACAAACUCAAUAUAAGUAAUACUUCUGGAAUGGCUGAGGGCUAUAAACAGGCAAAUGUUGUGAUUUUGCACAAAUCCCUUGCUGAUGACUUUGAAAAGUUUUGCCAUGCAAAUGAUGGACCUCUCCCGCUGCUGUACAGAAGUAAACCAGGUGAAUGGAAAUGUCCUUCUCUAAGCAGCAAUUCUGAUAUCAAAACUGAUUGCCUGCAAUACAGGAUAUAUGAGUAUGGAGCUUGUACUGGCACUUUGACAAGUCUAAAGGAUUAUUUUGAUCAGCUUAAAGACAUGGUGACUUUUUACUUAGGCUGCAGGGUCUUAUUUGAAAAGGCAGCCCACAAGGUUGGUGUUCCUCUAAGGAACGUUGAGCAGAAAUGCAACGUAAGCAUGUGCAAGACAGAUUUGCCUUGCUGCAGAGUUUCUAGUUUUUGCUGCAAUUUAGUGGUCACAAUGAGACCAAUUCCUGAAGACAAGUUAGAAGCAAUUGUGGAAGCUACUUAUCCAUUGAAAGACUCACAUGGAGCACCAGUUCACAUUGGUAACCCUGGCCUAUUAGGAAUCCAAACUUCCAGCGCAGACUAUGGAGAUCCAGUUCAGCCUCACCUUCAGGAUGUUCCAGUGUUUUGGGCCUGUGGAGUAACAGGGGUGGAAGCAGUCAGCAACUGCAAGUCUCCGCUGGCUUUUACACAUUCUCCUGGGUGCAUGUUUAUUACUGAUCUGAAGAAUGAAGAUGCUCCAGUUCAUAACUCUAAAGAAAUCCCCAAGGUCCACUGCAUUUGUCAAAAUCCUUUGCAUUAUAGCAUUGCAUCAGAAACAGCUGUGCAAAAGAUAAGAGAGCUAGAAAGCCUAAUCGGAGUAGAUCCAGGAGACCGGGGCCUGAAACAUUUGUGCUGCCAGGUAGUGCUAAAGACUUGCCUCUCCCUUUCACAUGCCCAAUCAGUGCUGAUAACCACUGGAUUUCCUACUCACUUCAACCAUGAGCCACCUGAAGAGAAUGAUGGACCUCCAGGAGCCAUUGCUAUGGCAGUCAUGUUGCAGAGCUUGGAGAAAGAUGUUGUUAUAGUAACAGACCAGAGAGCCAUGGGUUUGAAUAAAAAGAUUAUUGAGGAUGCUGUUCAGCAAGGGGUACUGAAGACACCAGUGCCUCUAUUGAGUUAUCAAGGAGAUGCUGCAGAGUCAGCUUUGAUGUUUUUGUGUGAGAAUGGGAAUCUUGAAAGACCCAGAUUUGAUCACCUGAUAGCAAUAGAACGUGCAGGGAUGGCUGCUGAUGGCAAUUAUUACAAUGCAAGGAAAGUCAAUAUUAAGCAUCUAGUGGAUCCCAUAUAUGAACUGUUUCUAGCUGCAUAUAACAUCCCUGGAGUCACAACAACAGGCAUUGGGGAUGGAGGAAAUGAACUUGAUGGAAAAGUAAAAGAAGCUGUAAGGAAGCACAUAAAAAAUGGAGAUGUUAUAGCUUGUGACAUCGAAGCUGAUUUCGCUAUUGUAGCCGGGGUCUCUAACUGGGGAGGCUAUGCUGUUGCUUGUGCUCUGUAUAUCCUCAACACCUGUGAAAUACAUGAUCACUAUCUGAGGAAAGCUAUCGGGUUCCCCAGAUUGUCCAAGAAGGCAAACUGGGCAUCGGCACUUCCAUCCAUUACUAAGGAAGAAAAGUUGCUGAAGACACUUAUACAGCAUGGAGUCCGUAGUGGAGUAACUGCUAGUCUCGAAAUGGAAGUGGAUGGACUGCCCUUCUACAAUAUACCCUCAGUUAUGAUUGUAAAACUUCUGGAGCAGAUACCAUGA